UCCUCCGAGGCCACUACCUUGAUUCCGUUAUCAAUGCCUGGAGUCGACAAGUUUGUGUUUGUUGGAGACCAAAAGCAAUUGAGCAGUUUCACCCAAGUAUCCAACUUGUCGCUUUCGCUCUUUGAAAGAGUUCUUUUGAACGGAACAUACCAAAAGCCACAUAUGUUAGACACCCAGUACAGAAUGCACCCUCUGAUUAGUGCAUUCUCGAGACACAAGUUCUAUAACGAUCUCUUGAAGGAUGGAAUCACUGCUGAACAAAGAACAAUGAAUCUGAUCGAUAGACCGGUGAUGUUCUGGGAUACUCAAGGUAAGUGUUCAGAGGAGCGGGUUAGGAUCAGAACCAGAGAAGACAAUGGGUACACGUACUCGAACCCCGGAGAGAUCUCCUAUAUCGUUGAUAUUCUUCAAAACUUGAUCUAUGAUAAGCAGGUGGAUAAGUCGACCAUUGGUAUCAUUACUCCAUAUCGGGGACAAAGAGACUUGAUAUCCAAAGUAUUGUCCGAAAACGAGCUCAUCAACCCCACGAAAGAAGAGAUCAAAGUGGACGUAGAUAGAGAUGAUAUUUACAAUGACUCCAAACCCGUGACUAUUCACACAGUUUCAGGAAUCAUGAUAGCUUCUAUCGAUGCGUUCCAGGGUCGUGAAAAGGACUUUAUUAUCUUUUCGUGUGUGAGGUCCAACGACACCCGCAAAAUCGGGUUCUUGAAUGACGAGCGUAGACUUAAUGUUGCCAUCACCAGAGCUCGGUACGGACUUUUCCUUAUUGGAGACCACCAAACAUUGGACCAAGACCCGCUUUGGCACCAGUACUUGGACCAUUUGGGCAGUCGCGAAUUCAUCAACCGCACCGAUCUGGUGGCAUUGUCCAGGUGAAGAUUGAUAUUUAUAGAACCCAGGGUUACAACCUUGGGUAAUGUAGGGCUCGGGCCGAAAUUAUAGAUUCGGUCACUAUAUACACAGUUCCUGCUUACGCACCUGAUAGAUUCAGACCCACAAGGAAUACGGGUGCCAUGAUGUUUAUUUAGGAUAUUUCAGUAGAAUCCACCAUUUUUACAAAAAUCGUAUCAUCUGGUAUCUUUAAAAAUAUGUUAUGAGUGAAAGAGACGUCGGGGAGAGACGUCAGGAAGAAACAUCAGCAAAAAACGUCAGCAAAAAACGUCAGCAAAAUACAUUAGGAAGAAUCAAUGAUCCUGGUAGCUUUGAGGCUCACCUAUGGCUGGCACAUUGAGCCACCACACAAAGCUUCAUGAACUCAUCGUAAUAAAUUCUCGUUUAGGAAGUAUUAUUCCAUUGCCCACAAAUAAACCCGAAGAGGAUUUUGAGAUAGACGUGUCGAGCCAACGGUCGCUUGGAGCGUAUCACAGGGGCCAGGCUCGGCGGGGAUGCAUGUAAGGUUGCACCGCGGGCUCCCUAUUGGUGGUAGUAGGUUAGUGGGGGCUGCAUUAGUUGCAGCCGGCUCUUACGCGUGAGUGAAUUUUAAGGGGGAAUGCCAUAGGCGAAAAACGAGGAAUAGACGGCUUUUACUGGAUCAGACAGCUAGAAACGCGUACAUAUAGGCCUCAAGUACCACAUCAACUACGCGGCAGUCCGCGUCUAUGUAUUAAUAGGUUGCCU